AUGCAUACAUACAUAAAUCUCCUCGGCUCUCUUCCCCUCCUUGCAUGGCUCAGCGGAGCAGUCCACCUAGCCAGCAUAGCACAGGCACCAGAUAGAUUCGAACACGUACAUCAAGUCCCUCCUUGCCUGGCCCCGCGGACCAGCCCAGUAAGUGACAGAACUUGCUGGCUAAAAACAAUUCGUCCGCACCGCCGGCCUUGCUAUGGUAGCACAGACACCAAGUAA